GAAGGAACUGUUCUCUAUGGUUCCCGCCUCCAAUUCUUUCGGGCCGCAGUGCACGCCGGCCUAGCGGAGGACGUCCGAGAGCACCCCGCGCAGCGCGGCUGGCUCUGCGGCCUAUGCGAGCAGGCAGGCGCCUCGGUAUCAAUCACACGGGCGAACGGCGCGCAGAAAGUCCAGGACCGGCUGCGGCCACUCGUAAUACGGAGCCCUAGAGGCCGCAAAGACGGUACCAUUUCCUCAGCGGCGGAUUUCUCCAGUAAGAAUGUCUUUCCCUCCUCACUUGAAUCGACCACCUAUGGGAAUCCCAGCUCUCCCACCAGGUAUCCCGCCCCCACAGUUUCCUGGAUUUCCUCCACCUGUGCCUCCAGGGACUCCAAUGAUUCCUGUACCAAUGAGCAUUAUGACUCCUGCCCCAACUGUUUUAGUACCCACUGUGUCCAUGGUUGGAAAGCAUUUGGGAGCCAGAAAAGACCAUCCAGGCCUAAAGAACAAAGAGAAUGAUGAAAACAGUGGCCCCACGACUACAGUUUUCGUUGGUAAUAUUUCCGAGAAAGCCUCUGAUAUGCUCAUCAGGCAGCUCCUAGCUAAAUGUGGUUUAGUUUUGAGCUGGAAGAGAGUUCAAGGUGCAUCUGGAAAACUUCAAGCCUUUGGGUUCUGUGAAUAUAAAGAGCCUGAAUCUACCCUUCGUGCCCUUCGAUUAUUGCAUGAUCUUCAGAUCGGUGAGAAGAAGCUCCUAGUUAAAGUUGAUGCGAAGACUAAGGCACAGUUAGAUGAAUGGAAAGCGAAGAGGAAAGCGUCCAAUGGGAAUGCCAGGCCAGAGACUACAAAUGAUGAAGAUGAGGCCUUAGAUGAAGAAACAAAAAGAAGAGAUCAGAUCAUUAAAGGGGCCAUUGAAGUGUUAAUACGGGAAUACUCCAGCGAGCUCAAUGCCCCCUCCCAGGAAUCUGACUCUCACCCCAGGAAGAAGAAAAAGGAAAAGAAGGAGGACAUUUUCCGCAGAUUUCCAGUGGCCCCACUGAUCCCUUAUCCACUCAUCACCAAGGAAGACAUAAACGCUAUAGAAAUGGAAGAAGACAAAAGAGACCUGAUAUCACGAGAGAUCAGUAAAUUCAGAGACACACACAAGAAACUGGAAGAAGAGAAAGGCAAAAAGGAGAAAGAGAGACAGGAAAUUGAGAAAGAACGGAGAGAAAGAGAGAGGGAACGUGAAAGGGAACGAGAAAGGCGAGAACGGGAACGAGAAAGGGAAAGAGAACGCGAACGAGAAAAGGAGAAGGAACGGGAGCGGGAACGAGAGCGGGAUAGGGACCGAGACCGGACGAAGGAGAGAGACCGAGACCGGGAUAGAGAGAGAGAUCGGGACCGGGACCGGGAAAGGAGCUCAGACCGUAACAAAGAUCGGAGUCGAUCACGAGAGAAGAGCAGAGACCGUGAACGAGAACGGGAGAGGGAGAGGGAGAGAGAACGGGAGCGUGAGCGGGAAAGAGAACGGGAACGAGAACGAGAGAGAGAAAGAGAAAGAGAGAGAGAAAAAGACAAGAAAAGAGACCGGGAAGAAGAUGAAGAAGAUGCUUAUGAACGGCGAAAGCUAGAGAGGAAAUUACGGGAGAAGGAAGCUGCUUAUCAAGAGCGACUUAAGAAUUGGGAGAUCAGAGAACGGAAGAAGACUAGAGAAUAUGAGAAAGAGGCUGAAAGAGAAGAAGAGAGACGACGAGAAAUGGCAAAAGAAGCCAAACGACUAAAAGAAUUUUUGGAAGAUUAUGAUGAUGACAGAGAUGAUCCUAAAUAUUAUAGGGGUAGUGCACUUCAGAAAAGAUUGCGUGACAGAGAGAAAGAAAUGGAAGCAGAUGAACGAGAUAGGAAGAGAGAAAAGGAGGAAUUAGAAGAAAUAAGACAGCGUCUUCUGGCAGAAGGACAUCCAGACCCAGAUGCAGAGCUCCAAAGAAUGGAACAAGAAGCUGAAAGGCGCAGGCAGCCACAAAUAAAGCAGGAGCCAGAGUCUGAGGAAGAAGAAGAAGAAAAGCAAGAGAAAGAAGAAAAACGAGAAGAACCCAUGGAAGAAGAGGAGGAGCCAGAGCAAAAACCUUGUCUUAAACCAACCUUGCGGCCCAUCAGCUCAGCCCCAUCAGUCUCAUCUGCUAGUGGCAAUGCAACUCCCAAUACUCCUGGGGAUGAGUCUCCCUGUGGCAUUAUCAUCCCCCAUGAAAACUCUCCUGAUCAACAGCAGCCUGAGGAACAUAGGCCAAAAAUAGGAUUAAGUCUUAAACUGGGUGCUUCUAAUAGUCCUGGCCAACCUAAUGCUGUAAAGAGAAAGAAGCUCCCUGUGGAUAGCGUCUUCAACAAAUUUGAGGAUGAAGACAGUGAUGAUGUGCCCCGGAAAAGGAAACUUGUUCCUUUAGAUUAUGGUGAAGAUGAUAAAAGUUCCACCAAAGGCACUGUUAACACAGAAGAAAAGCGCAAACAUAUCAAAAGUCUCAUUGAGAAAAUCCCGACGGCUAAACCUGAGCUCUUUGCAUAUCCCCUCGAUUGGUCUAUUGUAGAUUCUACAUUAAUGGAACGUCGAAUUAGACCAUGGAUUAAUAAGAAAAUCAUAGAAUAUAUAGGUGAAGAAGAAGCCACGUUAGUUGAUUUUGUUUGUUCUAAGGUUAUGGCUCAUAGUUCACCACAAAGUAUAUUAGAUGAUGUUGCCAUGGUACUAGAUGAAGAAGCAGAAGUUUUUAUAGUCAAAAUGUGGAGAUUAUUGAUAUAUGAAACAGAAGCCAAGAAAAUUGGUCUUGUGAAGUAAAACUGUUUUUACAUUUAGGUUCCAUUUCAAAUUUUUCCCCCUUUUCCGCCAUUCAAAGGACUUUGAAUUUUAUCUGUCCUCAAAGACACUUGUGAGAUCUGUAAUUUUUUUUAAUGUAGAAAAUGUGAAAAAAUUUUUGGUCCUCUGCUCUGUUAAGACCCCUCUGUUCUCCCUCGGUUAUAGAGUUAUCUGAAUCCUACAUUGGUUCUCUUUAUAACUCACCAGGUACAAUUACUGGUAUGUUUUAUAAGCUGCAGCUACUGUACAACGCCUCUCUGAUAAUCUUGUUCUGCUAAUUUGUUCCUUGUAAAUAUUAAAAUGACUCCCUGGUUCUUUUGCAAAAUUGCACUUAAUGUUGAAUUGUACCAGUUAGAAAACCAAGAUAAUCAUUUUUUAUUGCAAGAGUAUCAGCCAUCUUUUAUUAUCUCCCUCCCCAUGCCCUUUUUAAUUUAAAAACUGAUCAGAAAUGGCAAGUCCUGUUUAAGAUACAGAAUUUAAAUUAGAAUGUAAGAAUGUGUCAAGUGGGCAACCCACUCUUCUUUAAACUGUGUGCGUUUGAGUUCGAGUGAAUGUAUGAAUGUCUUCCUUUUUUUUUCCCCUUUCAUUUGUCUUAGGGGCAGUUGCCUUAAACAUUUCAUGAUUCAGGAUCCUAAAGGGAAAGUAGUGAUAUUGUGCCAACCUAAAUGUCUUGGACAAUUGAAUUGUCAGUGUCCCAAUGCAUGGGAUUUUAUUAUGGUGCAGCAUUCUGUUGAACAGGAUGGGGUUCCCCUGUUUAGCUGGCUCCUUCAGCUUUUCUCUUAAGGGACAAUGAGUCAUGCAGAGCUUUUUACAUUUCUUUAGGCUGAUCAUUAAUCUCUAGAGCACACUAUCUCUUACAUUCAUCAGCUUUAGCUAUUGUAACUCCACUUAGUAUCUCCUUAUAAUGACCUCUCAUCUUUUAAAAAAAA